CAACGUGAGGUUGUUUACUGUCUGCUAUCAGCCGUCUAGACUAGAAAAAAACAGAUGUACACACUCUGACAGAUAGAUAUCUUUUUAUAUUAAGACACCAUACUCAGUGGAAGACAUGGGGAAGCCAAAGAAAUCGAGUGACCUCAGCCGAGCCGAGCUGAUGAUGAUGACCAUUGCUGAUGUCAUCAAGCAGCUGGUUGAAGCUCAUGAGGAGGGAAAAGACAUCAAUCUUAACAAAGUGAAGACUAAGACUUCAGCUAAAUAUGGACUUGAAGCUCAGCCUCGUUUGGUGGAUAUCAUCGCUGCUGUUCCACCACAAUACCGUCGCGCUCUGGUGCCCAAACUAAAGGCCAAACCCAUCCGUACAGCCAGCGGGAUUGCAGUGGUGGCUGUGAUGUGCAAACCACAUAGAUGUCCACAUAUCACCUUCACUGGCAACAUCUGUGUAUACUGUCCUGGAGGGCCAGACUCAGACUUUGAGUACUCCACACAGUCUUAUACUGGCUAUGAGCCCACUUCUAUGAGAGCCAUCCGAGCACGAUACGACCCCUACCUUCAGACCAGACAUCGGGUGGAGCAGCUGAAGCAGUUGGGUCACAGCGUUGACAAGGUGGAGUUCAUCGUGAUGGGCGGCACCUUCAUGGCUCUUGCUACAGAAUACAGAGACUACUUCAUCAGGAACCUACACGACGCUUUGUCUGGACACACAUCCAAUAACGUGGAGGAAGCCGUCAGAUACUCGGAGCGGAGCAACACCAAAUGCGUAGGAAUCACCAUCGAGACGCGGCCCGAUUACUGCCUGAAGCGACACCUCAGCGACAUGCUAGGCUACGGCUGCACCCGGCUGGAGAUAGGAGUCCAGAGCGUGUAUGAAGACGUGGCCCGAGACACCAACAGGGGUCACACAGUGCGAGCCGUGUGUGAGUCUUUCCAUCUAGCAAAAGACGCAGGAUUCAAAGUUGUGGCCCACAUGAUGCCAGACUUGCCCAACGUGGGCAUGGAGCGGGAUGUGGAGCAGUUUAUUGAAUUUUUUGAGAACCCAGCAUUUAGGCCUGAUGGUUUGAAGCUGUAUCCAACUCUGGUGAUCCGAGGUACGGGUCUAUAUGAGCUGUGGAAGACAGGUCGGUAUAAGAGCUACAACCCCAGCGCCCUGGUCGACCUGGUAGCCCGAAUCCUGGCACUGGUACCGCCCUGGACACGAGUGUACCGAGUGCAGAGGGACAUCCCCAUGCCGCUGGUGAGCUCCGGAGUGGAGCACGGCAACCUGAGGGAGUUGGCUCUGGCCAGGAUGAAGGACAUGGGCACUGAGUGUCGAGACGUGAGAACCAGAGAGGUGGGCAUUCAGGAGAUCCACCACAAAGUCAGACCCUACCAGGUGGAGCUGGUGCGGCGGGACUACGUUGCCAACGGCGGCUGGGAGACUUUCCUCUCCUACGAGGAUCCCAAACAGGACAUCCUGAUCGGCCUGCUGCGUCUACGCCGCUGCUCCCCUCAGUCCUUCCGUCCGGAGCUGAAAGGCGGCGUCUCCAUCGUCCGCGAGCUGCACGUUUACGGCAGCGUCGUCCCGGUCAGCAGCCGAGACCCCAGCAAGUUCCAGCAUCAGGGCUUUGGUAUGAUGCUGAUGGAGGAAGCAGAGAGAAUUGCCAGAGAUGAACACGGCUCCUGCAAAUUGGCUGUUAUCUCAGGUGUAGGAACGAGGAACUACUACAGGAAGAUGGGCUACGAGUUGGAUGGACCAUACAUGGUGAAGGAUCUAUACGAAUCUGAAUUCAACUGAACCUGGGCGACGAUUUUAUUUAUCAAGACAUUAUUUCUUGGGACAUUGAUUGCUGCAGUAUUUGCAGUAAAAAGUUUUUUAUUAUAAACAUCGGAGGAGAUAAUGGUUGGCAUUUUCUCUCAGUCCGCACAUCUGCUUUUUUUUUUUUUUUUUUUUUUAUCUGGAACACGGCAGGAACAUCCUCGCUUUAUUUAGAUAAGGAGAAGGGUGCGCAAGGACAUGAGGAGCGAAGUCAUUUGAGAUGAAGCCACUGCAGGGUUUUUGAGUUCAGUACUACUUCAACAGAUUGUGACAUUUUAAAAGUUGCUGAAACGAGACACACCAGCAACAGCAUGAUGGUAUUUUUAGCUUUCCACACUGAAACUAAUAGUGCCUUUUUCAAUGAGCAGUAAGUAUUAGGCAGUGCUUUUAAGGCAUUUUAAAUUCUACUCAGAUGUUUCAUGUGUCUGGUGAAGAGCAAUAUGAAUGUCUAGGUAUCCUUUCUAUCAUUUUCCUGUAAUUCGUCUAGGAUGAGGAACCUGUUUGGCGCUGCGGUUUAGUUAAUCAUGUUUAUGUUGCAAUUAAAUAGAAAACCCAUUAUGAGUCAAGCGUUCAUUAAGGGUUGGCAGUGGAUGAAUGAACAGUGAGAAAUGUCCUCGCCGGGCAGCCGUUGUGUAAUUGCACAAUUUUGAUUUGUAGGGCAGGAAAUUAAAUAUUAGUGUUACAUAAAUUGCUUUUUAAAGCUCCUCAGUUAAUCCUAUUUGUAUUUUUUUCUGUCAUGCUGCACAAUGUAUUCUGUUGGUUAUCCAGAUGUUUUAACCAACAUCCACACAUCACAUGUUCUCAAGGAAUAAAAUAUAUU